AUGAAUUUGUAUCUGGCUGACGAACAUGACUUAGUAGAAUUUCAAAGAGAAAACAAGAAUCAUAUGAAAGCUUUGAAUUCCCAAAAAACUAUUGCCGAUAUGUUACAUAUCGCUCCUCACAAAGGAAUAAAAAAAACUAAGAUUCAUCGUGCUGUUGUAGAAUGGCUUAUCGUCGAUAAUCUCCCACUUGAUACCAUUAAUGGAGAAGGAUUUUGCCGAUUCAUGUUGCAAAUUGAUCCUGGUUUCCACCGGCCUUCUUAUAAAGCACUAAAAAAAGAAAUAUCAUUUGGAAAUACAAAUGUAAGAAAUCAAAUAUAUGAAUUUUUGGAAAAAAGCAGUGAAAUGCCGAUGCCAUAUCCUUAUACCAGUCAGGUAAUCAGAGAAUUUCUUAUUCAAAAAGUUCAAGAUUUCAAUCUACAAGAUAAAAUUUUGUGUGUUGUUACGAAUAAUGGUAGCAAUAUGGUAGCUGCCAUAAGAGAUUGGGAUGGCAUAGAAAGAUUACCAUAUGUUCCAACCCAUUGGAAUUUUAAAUAUCGAUCAUGGAAGAGAUUAAUUCAACUACAACCUGCAAUCAGAUGGCUUUCGGCAACAUUACCAUUUCGAGAUGAUCCAGAUGCACAAAAAGAUGGACGAAAAUUGCAACAAUUGGUAUUACGAGAAGAAGAGUAG